CAAGGAAAGUAUCUGACCAUGUCUGAAAACCUGGAUGGGAGGGAAAGGGUUGGGAGGGAAAUCAUUUCGGUUGAUUGCAGACUCAGAGCCUGCCACCCCGUGGUGGCCAACGGUAUGGAAGAGAGGCAUAGCCGAGGGAAGAAAUCAAUAGUCUAGUAGACGGUUCUGGGGUAAGGAUGGUCCCUUUUUAGAAAUAGAGCUGUCAAGAUGGGAAGAUGGCUAGGGGAGGAAAAAAGAUUACUGUUUAGUGGUCAUAAAUACAGCAUUUCAGAGUUGAAAGGGACUUCGAGUUACUUAAACUCUCUUGCCUCAGUUUCCUCAUCUGUAAAAUAAAUAGUUCGGACAAGAUGAUCUCCAAGGUCGCAUCCAACCCAAAUCCCGGGGUUGUAGGAAAGCUAGAAAAGUGUCAGUGAUACUGGUUGGGCCUCGCUCGCAGCGCGGUGGCGGCCUCUCAGCUGAGUGGUCCCAGGCGCCGACGGCCUGCUCUCCCCUCGCGGCCACACCCGCACUUCCCUCCCCAACCCCCACCCCUCCCCUGGGUCUCGGGGCAGCAGCUGCUGCGGCGGCGGCUGCGGCGGCAGCGGCAGGGGCAGGAUCAUGGCUGCCGACGCGGUGGCCUCUCGUCUGGCGCGGCAGGAGCAGGACAUUCGCUGGCUAACUGCGGAGAUUGGGCGCCUGAAGGAGCAGCAGCAGCAGCCGGGGCCCUGGCCACGUUGGGCCGGCAGCCCCAGCCCGGAGCUCGAACGCCUGCGGGGCGAGAACGAAAAGCUGCGCUACCGGCUCCAGCACUUGAGGCGCAGCCUAGAAACUGAGCUGAGCCGGGGACCCGAGCCGUCCCGCGAGGCCUCCGGAGUCCGAGACGGAGCCCAAGCCCAGCUUUCUUCUACCACAAACCAAAAGGAUGUUCAGAGUAAAAAUAAAAAGGAGAAGAAAAAAGAAAAUGAAAUUGUAAAUGGCCUUAAGAGUGAGUUAUAUAGUGGGCCAAACUUCAUAGAAGAUAGACUGAUGCUUUAUGAAACAUUGAAGAGAGAGCAUGACACCUUGCUUGCCCAUAGAGCAGCAAACGAGAGCAAAUUGAUCAAAAUAAUGCUGAUUGAUGGAAAAAUAGUUGAAGGGGAGUCUUGGAAAACAACACCAUAUGAAGUUGCUGCUGGAAUUAGUCAAGGACUGGCUGAUAACACAGUAAUAGCCAAAGUAAACGGUGAAUUAUGGGAUUUGGAUCGCCCAUUGGAAGAAGAUUCAACAUUAGAGUUACUUAGGUUUGAUAAUGAGGAAGCUCAGGCAGUAUACUGGCAUUCUAGUGCUCAUAUUCUUGGAGAAGCAAUGGAAAGUUAUUAUGGAGGCUGCUUAUGUUAUGGCCCACCUAUUGAAAAUGGAUUUUAUUAUGAUAUGUUCAUUGAAGACAGAGGAGUAUCCAGUACAGAAUUUCCAACAUUAGAGAACAUGUGUAAAACUAUUAUGAAAGAGAAGCAACCUUUUGAAAGAUUAGAAAUCAAAAAAGAAAUCCUUUUGGAAAUGUUUAAGUAUAAUAAAUUUAAAUGCCGCAUCCUGAAUGAGAAGGUUGACACUCCAACUACCACAGUGUACAGGUGUGGUCCACUGAUUGACCUUUGUAGAGGUCCACAUGUAAGACACACUGGAAAAAUUAAAGCCAUAAAAAUAUUUAAGAAUUCCUCAACCUAUUGGGAAGGAAAGGCUGAUAUGGAGACUUUGCAAAGAGUCUAUGGAAUAUCCUUUCCUGAUAAUAAGAUGAUGAAAACUUGGGAAAAGUUUCAAGAAGAAGCAAAAAAUAGAGAUCAUAGGAAAAUUGGAAAGGAACAGGAACUUUUCUUUUUUCAUGAUCUGAGCCCUGGAAGCUGUUUUUUCCUCCCAAGAGGAGCUUUUAUCUAUAAUACACUCAUGGACUUUAUAAAAGAGGAAUAUCAUCGGCGUAAUUUUACAGAAGUCAUAUCUCCUAAUGUCUACAACAGUAAACUCUGGGAAACAUCAGGUCACUGGCAGCAUUAUAGCGAAAAUAUGUUUUCUUUUGAUAUUGAGAAGGAGACAUUUGCACUUAAACCCAUGAACUGUCCAGGGCACUGUUUGAUGUUUGCUCAUCGUCCACGUUCCUGGAGGGAAAUGCCUAUCAGACUAGCGGAUUUUGGGGUCCUUCACAGAAAUGAACUGUCUGGAACUUUAAGUGGUUUAACUCGUGUCCGACGAUUCCAGCAGGAUGAUGCACACAUUUUUUGCAUGAUGGAGCAAAUUGAAGAAGAAAUGAAGGGAUGCUUAGAAUUUUUACAAUCAGUUUAUACAGUAUUUGGAUUUUCCUUUCAAUUAAAUCUUUCUACACGGCCUGAAAACUUCCUAGGAGAAAUUGAAAUAUGGAACCACGCUGAAGAGCAACUUCAAAACAGCUUGAAGGAAUUUGGAAAACCAUGGAAAUUAAACCCAGGAGAUGGAGCAUUUUAUGGACCCAAAAUUGACAUCAAAAUCAAAGAUGCUAUUGGCAGGUACCACCAAUGUGCCACUAUUCAGCUUGAUUUUCAACUACCCAUCAGAUUUAAUCUUACAUAUGUUAGUAAGGAUAGUGAUGAUAAAACAAGACCAGUGAUCAUUCACAGGGCUAUUCUGGGUUCAGUGGAGAGAAUGAUAGCCAUUCUUUCAGAAAACUAUGGAGGAAAAUGGCCUUUCUGGCUGUCUCCAUGUCAAGUAAUGGUAAUCCCUGUAGGGCCAACUUGUGAAGAAUAUGCACUACAGAUAUCUAAGGAAUUUUUCGAAGCGGGAUUCAUGGCUGAUGUUGAUCUAGAUCAAAGCUGCACACUAAAUAAGAAAAUACGAAAUGCACAACUGGCUCAAUAUAAUUUUAUUUUAGUGGUUGGAGAAAAAGAAAAACUGAACAAUGCUGUAAAUGUUCGAACCAGAGACAAUAAAGUUCAUGGUGAGGUUUCAAUAGCAUCCGCCAUUAAUAAAUUGAAGAAACUAAAAGAGUCACGUACAUUAAAUGCAGAGGAAGAAUUUUGAAAUACCUGUCUGCUGCUGGGCAAAGUCAAGGCACUUUCCAAUACUUGAACAUACAAUUCCUUUCCUUACCCUCCUAAAAUUUUCCUCUUGCCAGAGCUUUGUGCUUCCUGACAAGAACAAGAUAUGGAUAAAAAAGGAGAAUUUCUAUGAUUCUGUUUGAUUAUCUAUUAUUCUAAAAUAAAUGUAAAUUUUGCAGGUGUUGGGCUGGUAAUAAAAGAAAAUUUAGGGAAAUUUUCAAGGAAAAAUGAUGGUUUGGAGUGUGUUUGUUAAAUAAUUGGAAAGGGAAAAUAAUGAUAAAUGUACAUUUAGUGAUAUUCCUGAAGGUUAUUUAAGUUUUUCAAAAGACAGAUGAACUUAUAAUAAAAGCCUGUGAAGCUUUUCGAUACACAAAUACAAUCUUAUUUUGUUUUAUAA